CAGAGCUUGUCGGUUGCCUUGACAAUGGCUCUAAAAUAUUUCAUUUUGAUAACCCUGAUUUGUGCAUGUGUGAACGCAGCGAAAACUACAUAUAAAAUAUGCGUGCCAUCACAACACCUGAAAGCGUGUCAGGACAUGGUGGAUAUUCCGACCAAAUCCAAGGUCACACUAGACUGCAUUCCCGCCAGAGAUAGAAUGGAGUGUCUGAAUUACGUUCAGCAGAGGCAAGCCGAUUUCGUUCCAGUCGACCCGGAAGACAUGUACGUGGCCGCCAAAAUACCCAAUCAGGACUUCGUCGUUUUCCAGGAGUACAGAACCGAUGAAGAACCGGAUGCGCCUUUCCGUUACGAAGCAGUAAUUGUCAUCCAUAAGGAUUUACCGAUAAACAAUCUGGAUCAGCUGAAAGGCUUGAAGUCCUGUCAUACUGGAGUUAACAGAAACGUGGGAUACAAGAUCCCUCUAACAAUGCUGAUGAAGCGUGCAGUUUUCCCAAAAAUGAACGACCACAGCAUUUCGCCGAAGGAAAACGAACUAAGAGCCUUGUCGACGUUCUUCACGAAAUCUUGCAUCGUAGGUAAAUGGUCUCCGGAUCCGAAAACAAACUCGGCUUGGAAGGCCCAAUACAACAAGCUAUGCUCUAUGUGCGAACAUCCAGAGAGAUGCGACUAUCCCGAUGAAUUCAGCGGCUAUGUGGGCGCAUUGAAGUGUCUCGCUCACAACAACGGACAAGUCGCCUUCACCAAAGUCAUAUUCACCAGGAAAUUCUUCGGAUUGCCCGUCGGUACCACUCCAGCGAGUCCUUCAAACGAGAACCCUGAUGAAUACAGGUACCUCUGCGUGGACGGUUCUAAAGUGCCGAUAAGGGACAAGGCCUGCUCUUGGGCAGCUAGACCGUGGCAGGGACUGAUCGGACAUAACGACGUUCUGGCUAAACUUAGCCCGCUGAGGGAGAAAAUAAAGCAGUUGGCUGAUGCCGGUUCCUCAAGCCAACCCGAGUGGUUCACCAAAGUUCUAGGGCUAUCAGACAAAAUCCACUACGUGGCCGACAAUAUUCCGAUCAAAGCCAUUGACUAUUUGAACAAGGCCAACUACACCGAAGUCAUUGAAAGAGGUCACGGUGCUCCCGAAUUAGUCGUCAGAUUGUGUGUCACAUCAAACGUGGCUUUAGCCAAAUGCAGAGCUAUGUCCGUGUUCGCGUUCAGUAGAGACAUCAGACCCAUCCUGGAUUGUGUUCAAGAGGCUUCAGAAACCGACUGCCUUAAAAGCGUUCAAGACAAUGGCUCCGAUUUGGCAUCAGUCGACGACAUGAGGGUAGCUGCAGCAGCAAAGAAAUACGUCUUGCACCCGGUCUUCCACGAGGUAUACGGAGAAAAGAAAACUCCUAACUACGCUGUGGCUGUCGUCAAAAAAGGAACAUCCUUCAAUAAGAUGGAAGAUUUAAGAGGAAAGAAAUCUUGUCACAGUUCGUACGGCACUUUCAGUGGACUUGACGCUCCAUUGUAUUAUCUCAUAAACAAGAGGAUCAUAAAACCUGAUCAAUGCAUUAAGAACUUUGGUGAUUUCUUCUCCGGCGGUUCAUGUUUGCCAGGCGUCGACAAACCAGAGAACAAUCCCAGCGGUGAUGACGUAUCAUCAUUAAAGAAACAAUGUGGAAGUGACAGCAGUCCUUGGAAAUGUCUUCAGGAAGAUCGUGGCGAUGUCGCUUUUGUGUCGAGUGCUGAUUUAUCAAACUUUGAUGCUUCACAAUAUGAGUUGCUCUGUGUGAACCAAGAGACGGGAGGCCGUGACACUCUGUCCAACUAUCCUACUUGUAACAUAGCGAUGGCUCCAUCCAGAACCUGGCUAUCUGCCAAGGACUUUUUAUCAGAUGUCUCUAUUGCCCACACUCCACUCAGCUUAGCACAGUUAUUGGACACCAGAACUGACCUGUUCAACAUUUACGGAGAAUUCUUGAAGAACAACAAUGUCAUUUUCAAUAAUGCUGCCAAAGGAUUAGCCACAGUUGAAAAUCUUGACUUUGAGAAAUUCAAGUCAAUCCAUGAUGUUAUUUCUUCAUGUGGCAUAGCUUAAUAGUCUUAAAUGUUUUCACUAUUAUUAAUGAAUAUUGUACAGCCAUUUUAUUUGUCUUGAUUUACAAAUUUUGACACAACUGUUGAAAAGAUCUGAAUAAAAAUGAAGUCUGAU